ACCUACAGGGACUCAAGCACUCCUGCCUCCUCUUCUCCUUCGGUAGAGAGCAGAGAGCUAGCGAGCCAUGGCACCCACCGUGAUGGCGUCGUCCGCCACCUCAGUCGCUCCCUUCCAGGGACUCAAGUCCACCGCCGGGCUCCCCGUGAGCCGCCGCUCCAGCAGCUCCGGCUUUGGCAACGUCAGCAACGGUGGAAGGAUCAAGUGCAUGCAGGUGUGGCCGAUUGAGGGCAUCAAGAAGUUCGAGACCCUGUCCUACUUGCCGCCGCUCACCACGGAGGACCUCCUGAAGCAGAUUGAGUACCUCAUCCGGUCCAAGUGGAUUCCUUGCCUCGAGUUCAGCAAGGUCGGGUUCGUCUACCGUGAGAACGCCAGGUCCCCAGGGUACUACGACGGCCGCUACUGGACCAUGUGGAAGCUGCCCAUGUUCGGCUGUACCGAUGCCACCCAGGUGCUCAAGGAGCUCGAGGAGGCCAAGAAGGCCUACCCCGACGCUUUCGUCCGCAUCAUCGGCUUCGACAAUGUCAGGCAAGUGCAGUGCAUCAGCUUCAUCGCGUACAAGCCACCGGGCUGCGAGGAGUCCGGCGGUGCCUAAGCCCUAAGCGCAGCUAUGGUUGCUCAUCAUGCAUGAGCAACCAUGAAGUGUCUCUUCGGUUUUGCUUCGGGUCACCUCGGUUUUUUUUUUAAAUUCUGGUUGCUUCUGCUGAAUCCACGGCCUGUUCAUGUAUGCGAUCUCUCCCUCCAACCUUAGAGUUACGUAUGUAGGAUUACUACAACUAUCGUUGGGUGAGGAACAAGUGAAUGCAAGCUCCGGCUAUACAGAGAGAUAUGUAAUAUGGAUACUAAAGCAUACCUGCCAAUCCGUCGACAAUACUAGAUCGUGUUAAUUACUGGUGUUUUUGUCUUUACUAAUGCAUCAAUAAUAAUAAGUUUCGUGUUUUUUCCAUGUA